UCUGCUCAAAGACACCCACUUGGCUCCAUGGCUAACAGCAGAUUCAAACCCAGCUUGCCUGAGUCCCUCUCUGCACUUGUAACACCAACACCACCAUGUCUUUCAAGAUACCGUUUUCUGAAUCUGCAUGGAGGUUUUGCGUGGGGCCUUUCACAUCUGCACUCAUGGCUGUGUCAUGACCGAGGCUACCUGGUGACACAGGAUGAGUUGGACCAGACGCUGGAGGAGUUCAAAGCCCAGUUUGGUGACAAGCCCAGCGAAGGGCGGCCUCGGCGAACCGACCUCACUGUCUUGGUGGCCCACAAUGACGACCCUACUGAUCAGAUGUUUGUCUUCUUCCCAGAGGAGCCAAAAGUUGGGAUCAAAACCAUCAAGAUGUACUGUCAGCGGAUGCAAGAAGAAAACAUCACCCGGGCACUCAUCGUGGUACAGCAAGGCAUGACUCCCUCAGCCAAGCAGUCUCUGGUGGACAUGGCACCCAAGUAUAUCCUGGAACAGUUCCUUCAACAAGAACUGCUGAUCAACAUCACUGAACAUGAGCUAGUUCCUGAACAUGUUGUCAUGACCAAAGAAGAAGUGACCGAAUUGCUAGCCCGAUAUAAGCUGAGAGAAAACCAGCUUCCCAGGAUACAAGCAGGAGACCCUGUUGCUCGGUACUUUGGAAUCAAGCGCGGCCAGGUGGUGAAGAUUAUUCGGCCCAGUGAAACUGCUGGCAGGUAUAUCACCUACAGGCUUGUGCAGUAACCAUGAGAUAUUAAGGAAAGUCACAUUGGAGGAAUGUUCCUGGGUCUGUGUGCUUGACACUCUGCAAUCUUCUAGAUAUCUUGAUCAAAGCAAAGCAGUGGCUAAAGGGAGCCUGUUGUUUUCCCAAGCCAAGUUGCUUCAGAUCCAUACGCUUAGGUAGCUGGACUGGUUGGAAGCAGCAAUGGACUGAGAGUUUCUGGAACUUAGCCUGAUUGUGACGGGUGCGCAACAGAACAAGCAAGACCCUUUUUUUCUCUGAUUCUGGAGAUGGCUGUUUGGAGAGGCCUUGAAGAGUGCCACUCUCUGUGUGGACUUCAGAGAAAGCUGUAAGAGCUAGUUGUUCUAGAUGCCCCGAGACUGUCCUUGUAGCCUGCCGUGUCACACUGAUCCUUGCCAGGCUGUUGCUGAAAAUUCCUGCCUUACCUGGAGCUCUCAGAAAAGCAGCUUUCAAUGUCUUAACCUUGUUUUUUAAAGAAUAAAGCGUUUUUAAAUGCA